ACGGCUGCUACAAGUUCUUUUGACUCCAGCUCCGCCGCCACCACGACAGCCUUCUCUUCGUCUAUUUGCCAGAAGUCUCAGCGUUUGUUUAACGAAUACAAAUUUUUCGCGUUUUGUGCUUGAAACGUCAACAACAAUCAUCCGCAAUAUGUCCUACCACAAGCCAGAAGCGAAGACCGUUCAGGACCUGAAAGACCUGGCUCAAAAGCUUCGCAUUCAUUCCAUCAACUCCACUCAGGCCUCCAAAUCAGGACAUCCCACAUCAUGCGCCUCGCUGGCCGAGAUCAUGUCAGUGCUGUUCUUCCAGCAGCUGCGCUUGAACGUUAAGCAUCCCCGGGAUCCAUCCAGCGAUCGCCUGAUAUUGUCCAAGGGACAUGCUGCCCCUAUUCUAUACGCUGCCUGGGCCGAGACUGGCCUGUUCUCCGUGGAGGACCUGAAGAACCUGCGCAAGAUCGACAGCGAUCUGGAGGGUCAUCCUACACCUCGCCUCAACUUCAUUGAUGUGGGAACCGGAUCUCUGGGCCAGGGCGUGGCCGUUGGUGCCGGCAUGGCCUAUGUGGGCAAGAACUUCGACAAGGCCGAUUAUCGCACUUACGUGAUUGUGGGGGACGGCGAAUCCGCUGAGGGAUCAGUGUGGGAGUCGCUGCAUUUUGCCGGAUACUACAAUCUAGACAACCUGUGCGUGAUCUUCGAUGUUAACAGGCUGGGUCAGUCUGAGGCCACCUCGCUGCAGCACAAAAUGGAGGUGUACAGAGACAGGCUCGAGUCCUUUGGCUUCAAUGCGCUGGUUGUGGAUGGCCACGACAUCGACGAGCUCUGCAAAGCCUUCCACUGUGCGGCCAACACUAAGAGCAAGCCAACAGCCAUUAUUGCAAAAACGUUUAAGGGCAAGGACUUCCCCAAUAUUGAGGACCUCGAUAACUGGCACGGCAAGCCCCUGGGCGACCAGGCUGAUAAGGUGAUCAAGCACUUGCAGGGCCUGAUGGUCAAUCCCAACGUCAAACUUGCGCCGAAGAAAGUGGGCAAGACCGGCCUGGCACCCGAGGUAGACAUCAACAAUGUAAAGCUCUGUGCUCCACCCAACUACAAGCUUGGUGACUCGGUAGCCACGCGCCUAGCCUAUGGCACAGCUUUGGCCAAGAUCGCAGCUGACAAUGACCGUGUGAUUGCUCUGGACGGCGACACUAAGAACUCGACCUUUUCCGACAAGCUGAAGAACGCGUUCCCGGAACGUCACAUCGAGUGCUUUAUUGCUGAACAGAAUCUGGUGGGGGUUGCCAUCGGGGCUGCCUGCCGUCGUCGCACCGUGGCGUUUGUUUCCACCUUCGCCACGUUCUUCACUCGCGCCUAUGACCAGAUCCGCAUGGGCGCCAUCUCGCAGACAAAUGUAAACUUUGUAGGGUCCCACUGUGGCUGCAGCAUCGGGGAGGAUGGCCCCUCUCAAAUGGGACUCGAGGACAUCGCUAUGUUCCGCACUAUUCCUGGCAGCACGAUCUUCUAUCCUUCCGACGCUGUCAGUACCGAGCGUGCCGUCGAGCUGGCAGCCAAUACCAAGGGCGUCUGCUUUAUCCGCACCUCGCGUCCCAACACUUGUGUGAUCUACAACAACGACGAGCCCUUCACCAUUGGACGCGGAAAGGUGGUUCGCCAGAAGCCCUCCGAUGAGGUGCUCUUGAUCGGAGCUGGCAUCACUUUGUACGAGUGCCUGGCCGCCGCCGACCAGCUGGAAAAAGAUUGCAUCACAGUCCGUGUAAUUGAUCCGUUCACCGUAAAACCUCUGGACGUGGAUCUAAUUGUGGAGCAUGGCAAGCAGUGCGGUGGCCGUGUGGUUGUCGUUGAGGACCACUACCAGCAAGGAGGCUUAGGCGAGGCUGUGCUCAGUGCUUUAGCCGAGCAGCGGAACUUUGUGGUGAAGCAUCUGUUUGUGCCCACUGUACCACGCUCAGGUCCGCCAGCGGUUCUCAUCGACAUGUUUGGCAUUUCAGCCCGCAACGUUGUCCUUGCCGUCAAUGCCAUCUUGAAGAAGUGAGGAACCACCGCCAACUCCCCAAGAAUUUGAAUUCCAGUUCCACCUGCAGGAAAAUACCCAGACACCAUUCCCCCACACAUCUGCUUACUAAUUCCAAUUAUAAUAUCAGAAAUAAAUUCGUUUUGAUACAAAG